UUUUGUUUUUUUCCCUCCCUGAGCAGCGGUUGGACGUUUAGGAAGUGAACUUAGGAAGUUCACAGCGCGCGUGUCGGUAGGUAGUUUUAAUGAAAAUAAUACUUUUGACAUGUGUGAUGUAAUAAUAAUAUAAUCUGUAGGCAGAGUGUAGCUCCACGUCCUGACUCCAGCUGGACAUUCACCUCGUGCGGGACUCUGCGUGGUUUCCUGCGUGGUCUUGCGUUGAGUAACGGUCCUGGAGGAAGAUUUGUAAAAGGAUAAUGACAGAAGCAAAGAAGAAUACUGAGCAAAGAAAACAUUGCUCAAGAUUACAUGCCUUGAGCGAUCUCUAACCACUCUGGGAACUUUAAAUGUAAUGUGACACAAACAUGUUACAAAUGAAAGUGCUGUCCUAGUUGUUUAGUGUCCAAGAGAAUUUAUAGCCACCAGUAGACCUUCACACUUGUGAAGAAAAAAGAAGAAACACAAUGUACCAAGUUGUACCUGGAGGAGCUGGGGGCACUAUCACGGAAGGGGUGCCCCUUAAAAAAAUAAAUAAGGAGAGUCGUCCACUAGUAGGUGCUGGAGUUCUGGGUCUGGUCCUGGUUAUUGCUGCUGUAACAGCGUGGUGUUACUAUAUCGCCUCCCUCCGCAAAGCUGAUCUCUUAAAGACAGAGUUAUUGGACCUUAAUAAGGAUGGCUUCCUCAUCCGCAACCAAGCUGGGGGGAUUGUGUUCAAGAUGGCUUUCAGAUCUGGAACCCUUGAUUUGGACUCAUGUUCUAAGGAGGAUGUGAUUCUGCGGUGCUCACGCUCCUAUGCUGGCAAAGUGAAUUUCUUCAUAAUGACUGUGAAGCCCAAGGAGACUGUAAUGUGCUACCGUGUGCGGUGGGAGGAGCUGGAGUCGGACAGACCUGUAAUGCACUCCAUGUCUUACAAUGGCUCUCACUGGUACGGUGGUUCCGAAUCUGCUAUCCAGCACUGGCCCAUUGCCAUCUCGGGUCAGCAAGCGCCAAAGCCCUUUGUCACCAGUGACGUUUAUUCAAACCGCAAUGACUUUGGUGGUAUUUUGGAACGCUACUGGCUCUCGUCCAAUGCCACGGCCAUCAAGAUCAAUGAUUCAGUGCCCUUUCACUUGGGCUGGAAUGACACCGAGAAGUCAUUGUACUUUGAGGCACGAUAUCAGGACAGUCCUUAUAAGCCCCUUCCUGGGAUGCCACCAUAUGCUGAGCUUAGCUACCGUGUGUGCGUGGGCCCUGAUGUGACCUCCAUCCACAAGGUCAUGGUCCGCAGGUACUUCCCCAAGCCCAACAAGGUACCCUUAGAAGCAAUGUUCCGAUAUCCUAUAUGGUCCACCUGGGCUUUACACAAAACUGACAUUAACCAGGAGAGACUUUUAACCUAUGCAGAAAACAUACGAAAACAUGGCUUUAACUGUAGUCAAAUUGAAUUGGAUGACCGGUAUACCAGCCGGUAUGGUGAGUUUGAAUUUGAUCCUGAAAAGUUUCCCAACGCGUCUGGCAUGUUCCAAAAGUUAAAGGCUGAUGGCUUUCUGUUGUCAUUAUGGACACAUCCCUUUGUGAACUAUGAAUCAUCCAACUUUGGCCUGUGCGUCCAGAAAGGUCUUUUCGUGAUGGAGCCCACUGGGCAACUUCCUGCUUUGGUGCGGUGGUGGAAUGGCAUUGGUGGCAUUCUGGACUUUACUAACCCAGAUGCUCGCAACUGGUUCACCUCCCAUCUGCGAGCAUUGCGUUCUAAAUACGGUGUGUCAUCCUUCAAGUUGGAUGCUGGUGAAACAAACUUCCUGCCCUGGCGCUUCCGGACACAGGUCCAUCUUCCGGAUCCUAGCACAUUCACGCGCCGGUACACAGAGAUGGCCCUGCCAUUCAACGAACGAGCAGAGCUGCGUUCAGGCUAUGGCUCACAGAACAUCUCCUGCUUCUUCCGCCUCAUUGAUCGUGAUUCAGUUUGGGGCUACGAGCUUGGUCUCAAGUCCAUCAUCCCAACUGUCCUCACCAUCAGCAUCCUCGGCUACCAAUUUAUCCUGCCUGACAUGAUUGGAGGCAAUGCAUACGCCAACCGAACGUAUGGGAAUGGUAAACUCCCUGACCGUGAGCUUUACAUACGUUGGCUGGAGCUUUCUGCCUUCAUGCCGGCCAUGCAGUUCUCCAUCCCACCAUGGGAGUAUGACGAUGAGGUGGUAGCCAUCGCCCGGCGCUUCACAGCACUCCAUGAGACAUUGGUGGCCCCCAGAGUUCUGGAGCUGGCAGGGGAGGUGCUAAAUACCGGUGACCCCAUCAUCCGUCCUUUGUGGUGGAUAGCCACUGGUGAUGAAACUGCCUACAGAGUGGACUCACAGUUUCUCAUAGGAGAUGACCUGAUGGUGGCACCAGUGCUGGAACCUGGCAAGCAGGAACGGGAUAUCUACCUCCCGGCUGGCCACUGGAGGAGCUACAAGGGCGAGCGCUAUGAUAAUAAAGAACCUAUGCAUCUCACAGAUUACGCUGUGGAUCUCGAUGAGAUUGCAUAUUUUCUUUGGGUUCAGUGAUGCUAUUACAAUUGUUACUUUUUUUUUCAGGGGAUGAGCAUUAUAUGCUUGACAUAAUUGCAUAUUAAGGGCUGUUUUGUGUUUAAUUUAAAACAACUAAAGCUUGAUGCAUUAAGACAACACACUUUUGGUAUAGAAGCAAACAUUUACUGUGCAGUUUUAGCCAAUAAUAUAAUAAUUUGUGUUCCGUUUUGCCUGUGCAGUUACAGAAGUUAGAUUUGCACACAAUGCUCAUACCCACUCAUGUUUUCAACUGCUUUAUCCUGGUCAGGGUUUGCAGUUCAUUGAGAGCCUUUCCCAGGUAUACUGGGGAAUACACCCUGAACAGGUUGGCAGUCACACAGUGCACACACAUUCGCAUACUCAUUCAGGGGCAAUUUAGCAUAUCUAGUAAACCUAAUGGCAUGUAUUUGGGAGGUGGGAGGAUGCCAGAGAUCCCAGAGGGAACCUAUGGGGAGAACAUGCAAAACUCUGCACAGUCAAAAACCUGAGCUCAGGAUCGAACCGCUGCACCAUUAUGUCCCCCCAUACCUACUCAUGUGCCUAUUUGAAUGUACAUAUAACACGCCAGGUUCGCAAGCUUCAAGACUAAACCAAAUGCUAGCUAAAGCACACUUUGAAUGGUAUACCUGGGAUGCACCAUUAUGACAGGUUGGUGGCAAUAAUUAACACUUGUCUGCAAUGAAUACUUGCCAACUAUUGAAUAAGCUCAGAUUGUUUUGUAUAUUUGAGUACAUGUAAGUCUAAAGUUAGUACAGUAACUUAGUAAUAGUAAUAGUAAUAGCUUUAAUGAAAGGGAAUGCAUUGAUUUACUGUGAAAAUAAAUGUGUCCUUAUCUUAAGGCACUGUUAAAGUGAUACAUACCACAAGCAUGUACUCCUCCAGAUCGUAUGGUAUUUAAUGCAUAUUUAUAUGUGCUCGAAAUUUUGGUCAAAGCUAAGUUAUUGCAGAUAUAAGCAUGUCCGCAAGGUUAUGCCAAUUUAAGAAGCAGUUAUAGAAUUCGUGGUGUCUUAUAAGCACACACUUUUGAACAUGGGAGAAAAUAUGUAUUUUUGUUAUAAAGCUGUAUACUAUUUCUAGCUCUAUUUUCAGAAUGCAUCCUAAACAUUACUAGUGUAGCACAUGUUUAUUCGGUAUAGGUUCAAUAUCGUACCAUAGCUUUAAGCAUUAAUUAUCUUUCUUAAUAAUAUUUUCCAGCAUUGAGACUAGGGAUGCAUCGUUUUUUUUGUUGUUUUGUUUUGUUUCGGGUUUUUUUGGGAAUGUUUGUUCGCACUUGUCAGGGAUGAUUAGUCAUGUGACAUUUUAUUUAGCUCUGUUUAUGUUUCUUUGGUUUAAAUAUUGGUGAUGAAAAGUGCACAAGUGUGUGUGUUCAUGCAUGUAGGCUACUAAGCUCUUUCGUUAUAAAGGUAGCUAGUUAAUUUUAGCUAGCUACAUUAGUUAUUGGAUUGGGUAGAGUCAUUUCAGAAAAGCGCUUCUCUACAGUUGUAAGUAAAGUACGUCUUUUUGUUGUUGUUGUUGUUGUUUUGUUUUCAUUGCGUCGAAAUCCCUCAUUGUCAAUAACCAGUAUCACCAAGAACAACAUCCUGGGUAAGAGCUGUUGUUUUUUUUUGUUUUUUUUUUCACUCACCUAGCGUUCUCACCUAGCUAGCAUUUUCUAGAGUGUUGGUUGCUGCUAGCAAUGAACUCCUCAAGUUUUAUUUCUUGUUUAUGCUGUCAUUUGUGUUGUCUGUUCAUUUUAUAACACAGCAACGUACACUAAGCUUACGUUACAUAAUUUCACGUGAAAUAGAAAAUGAGCACAAUAUCGAACCAGGAUGCAUCCCUGAUUGAGAAAUAGAAUAAGCUGCCAUGACAUUGCCAAAUAUUUAACACAAUCCAGUCUUAUUUCUCCUGCCAUAUUUAUAUUUCAUAUUCAUGUUGUACAUGAAGGUUGUAUGCAGUGUUAAAUGGUUGUAGUUUUUGUAGGGUUUUUCUGUUCUAUAAGCUUUUUGCAGUCACUUAGUCUUGCUUACUCAGUUAAUCUUCAUCAGAUUGUAUUUUGCUGUGCAGUAAUAUCUUCUUUCUUGUUGUUGUUGUUUUUUCAUGUGCUCUUCCAACACGCACUGCCUGUCCUCUGCUAACUUCACAGCUUAUUUUUUAGCAUUUCUCACACAACUGCAAACCCACCUUCUUUUUAAAUUAAAUACACUUGAAUAAAUAUUCCUGAAGACUGCUGUAGGGUUGCUUCUGUGAGCCACUAUAUAAGGGAUGAGUUCUCCGUGUUUACAUACAGUGUAAGACUAAGCGAUAUGCGCCAAAAUAUGUGUUCAUGUGUGUGUGUGUGUGUGUGUGUGUGUGUGUGUGAGUGGACUUGGAGUCUCUGUAUAUUAAAACAGGAUUAUAUUGGGUGCAUGGUAUCAUUUCAGUGUAGUGCAGCUUAAUUUCACUUUGGGAAAAUCCAUUUUCCUUGCACCAAUAUGUGUUGAUAAAUUAUGAUAUGAUAUGUACAGGACAUAGUGCUUCACAUUUGCAGUUUCUCACUAGAUACAUGCAUGGUAGAUAAACAGAGAUUAUGCUGAUCAUGCAGGUUUUAGAAAUGGAUCCAGGUUUCUGAGUUGCAAAACAAAGAAGCAGCGAAGCUCCAGCGAAGCAAACACACUGUUUACACACUCUGUAUCGUGCUUAUCUUGUUCACAUUGACAUGACACCUUGCCCCUAUUAAGUUCCCGGAACAUUGAUUGUAAAAUGCUGAUGCUCAGGAAAGUUAGCAGAGAAAAACCAGUCUUGCUCUCUCCCUCUCUCUCUCUAUCUCUUGCAUGCACGCGCUCCCUGUCUCGAUAAUUAUAAAAACACCACAGUUAGGGCUGAUGCUUAUUUGAAAAACAUAUUAGAAAUUUUAGUGGCUGGAAAUCUAACUGCAGUGUAACUUACAUGUGCCGAUUUCUGCAACAGCUCGACUGCAGUGUAUCUCUCAGCUUGAGAAAGUGUUUCUCACCACUGGGAGGCAGUGUGUACCUUUUCUUGAUUAUCCAGGCCAGAAGAAGUUCUCCUGCUUGCUUGUUUAUCUUUAUCGCUAUUCCUGACACCUGUAUUUACAUUAAUAUAGAAUGAUAAGCUCUUUUUAUUAAGCUGGUAACAGUUUUGACCUCUUCAAAAUGCAGUAUAAGGUUGCUUUUAAUCAAAUCUGAGCCACCCUUGCUAUAGGCACGUGCCAAUGAUUAUUACUUUUUUUUUUUUUUUUCAUUUUUGUAGCUAGAAUGGUGCAUGCACUGCUACCUAAAGCAAAAAACAAAAAAAAACCCAACUCCUGCACACAGAGUGAACAUAUUUCGAAGUGUGAGAGUUGAAUAUUGUUGUAUACCACGUGCCCCUCGUUGUCUCUAUGAUGAUUUCAUGUUUUAACGGUUCAGAAGGAUUGAAGAACCAGUGUUUCAUGCGGUUCAGUUUCCCAGCACUGACUUCUGUUCCGUUUAACCACUAUGUGUCUGCUUGGUGGACAAUAAAGGACAUGAUUAUUGAGAA